UUGGCCGGCCCAGAAGGGCAGUCGAGAGUUCAGCAUGCAGGAAGUUUUGAGGCGGCUCGCAGAGUAGCGCGGCGGCGGUGAGCGCUGCUUCGCGUGCUCUGGGGUUUUGGGCUUUUUUUUUUUUUUUUUUUUUUUUUUUUUGCGGGGAUUGUGCCUUUUUGCCCCCCCUUCCCCCCACUCACACAGCUCCCCUAAACACACAAGCAACCCGCAACAAUCAAAAAGUCCGGUAAGGGGGGAGAGAGCACGAGCGAGGGAAGCACCCUCGGCGGGAGAGGCGAGCCCGUUUCUUCGCAGGGACACGGUCCCGCUCGCAGCUGGUCCCAAUGCAACUGCUCAUCCUCCUCCUGCUCUACGCCGUCGUCUGUGCGAACUUCUGCAGCCGUCAGGGCACCACCGCCCCUGCCCAGAGCGGAUCUAUAAAAGCCCUGCGGGCUUCCAACAUCAGGCGAGAUGAGAGCAAUCACCUCACAGACUUGUACCGAAAAGAAGAGACCAUCAGCGUGGCAGGGAACGGCUGCAUCCACAGUCCUCGCUUCCCCAGCAGCUACCCCAGGAACCUCCUGCUGACGUGGCGGCUCCACUCCCCAGAGAGCACCAGGAUCCAGCUGGCUUUUGAUAAUCAGUUUGGGCUGGAGGAACCCGAAAAUGAGAUCUGCAGGUAUGACUUUGUGGAAGUUGAAGAUGUAUCAGAGACCAGCACAGUUAUUCGAGGACGGUGGUGUGGACACAAGGAAGUACCUCCAAGAAUAACCUCAAGAACAAAUCACAUAAAGAUAACCUUCAAAUCCGAUGACUACUUUGUGGCUAAACCUGGAUUCAAGAUAUGUUACUCUCUUGUGGAUGAUUUUCAGCAUGCGGCCUCAGAAACCAACUGGGAGUCAGUCACAAGCUCUGUUUCAGGGGUAUCCUAUCCCUCUCCAUCAGUGACUGACCCUACGCUCACGGCAGAAGCACUGGAUCAGACCAUUGCCGCAUUUGACACGGUGGAGGAUCUGCUCAAACACUUUAACCCGGACUCUUGGCAAGAAGACCUUGAGAAUCUCUACACAGACAGUGGGCACCAUUAUCGAGGCAGGAGCUACCAUGACAGGAAGUCCAAAGUUGACCUGGACAGGUUGAAUGAUGAUGUGAAGCGUUACAGCUGCACUCCAAGGAACUACUCUGUCAAUUUAAGGGAGGAGCUGAAGCUGACAAAUGUAGUUUUCUUCCCCCGCUGCCUCCUUGUCCAGCGCUGUGGCGGAAACUGUGGCUGUGGGACUCCAAACUGGAAAUCCUGCACCUGCGUGUCAGGGAAAACAGUGAAAAAAUACCACGAGGUGCUGAAGUUCGUCCCUGAGGCUGGUCAUACCAGAAGAAGAGGCAGAAUCAGGAACAACAUGUCCUUGGUAGAUAUACAGCUGGAUCACCAUGAGCGUUGUGAUUGUGUCUGCAGUUCAAGACCACCCCGAUAA